AUCCAGCGGUCCAAGCUGCGCAACCUGAACUGGGAGCUCAUCCCGAGGGAGCGCGUGGAGGGGCGGCGCAGCGUGUGGAGCGGGGCGCCGGGGGCCGACGACGACUUCCCCAUCGACCUCAGCUCGUUGGACGAGCUCUUCGGGAGGAAGGACGCCCUGUCCCUGGAGAGGUCGGCCGCCAUCCGGCGCAGCCUGUGCAGCCGGCCCCAGGACCCAGGCCUGGAGAAGGUCUCUCUCUUGGACGCCAAACGCAGUAUGAACGUGGGGAUUUUCUUACGGCACUUCAAGAGGGCGGCGGGAGAGAUCAUAGAGGACAUCAGGCAGGGCUCAGGGCAGAACUACGGAGCAGAGAGACUGAAUGAGCUCAGCAAGUUGCUUCCUGACACGGAAGAGGAGAAAAGGUUACGGUCUUUCCAGGGCGAUCGCAGUAAGCUGGGGGAGCCCGACUUGUUCAUGCUGCUGGUAGUGGAGGUGCCCAGUUUCCGUCUGAGGCUGGACACGCUGAUCCUCCGGGAAGAGUUUGACCCGGCUCUGACCUCUCUGUGUGACGCGGCCCGCACGCUCCGGGAGGCGGCCAAGGAGCUGCUCAGCUGUCCGGAGCUGCACUCCAUCCUGCGGCUGGUCCUCAAGGCUGGGAACUACAUGAACGCUGGUGGGUACGCUGGCAACGCGGCCGGAUUCCGCAUUGCCUCUCUGCUCAGACUGGCCGACACCAAAGCGAACAAGCCGGGCAUGAACCUGCUGCACUUCGUGGCCAUAGAAGCGGAGAAGAAAGACCAGGGGCUGUUGUCUUUCCCCAGCAGGCUGAAGCACGUGAGCCUUGCUUCCAGGCUGUCCGAGGACGUGGCGCACGAGGACCUGCUGAGGCUCCAGGGCCGAGUCGCUGGCCUGCGGGCGGCUGUGGAGACGGACGCCGAGGCGGAGCUCAGGCAGCAGACCCUGCCUUUCCUGGAGGUGGGUGUCCCUCUCCUUCGACCCCCCCACCACCCCGCCACAUGGGGUCAAUGGAGAUUACUGGGGCGGGCUCAACGCGAGAGGGACAGCGCGGAGAAACGGCGCUCCAUUUCCACCUGCACGGCCCUGGAGGCGGGGGACGGGGAGGGCGACGAGCUGGAGCGCACGCUGGAGCGCAACCUGCGCAACUCCUGGAGCCGCCGGAGCCUGCGGCGGAGAGAGCCGCGGCAGCCCGGCCGCUCCUUGACCUCGGAGCGGCCGCUGUCCGCCCAGGACAUGGCCGUUGGGAUGGCGCAGAGCCCGGAGCCCGUGCCGUCCCCGGAGCGCCUCGCCGUGACGGAGACGCCGUUGAGCCAGCCGGACGGCCGCAGCGUCGGCAUUCCGGGCGCAAGGGCUACACCCGACACGGAGAAGGCCCAAAUCAAAGCGCCGAAGUUGGAGCCGGAGCCCCUGCUGCCGGAGAAGCCAGAACAGCUGGUACCACAGCUGGUGCAGCAGCCCCCGCCGGAGAUGGGGCGCCCCCACGCUCCGUACCCCAGAGUAGGGGAGACGGUCGAGUGCCACAUGCUGGUACGCGGGCUGAGGUCUUACGAGAGUCUGUCCACCCCGCUGCCCAGACCCGCACCCGCGCACUGUUCCAAGUGGCACCGGGAGAGAGAGGCGGAGAGCAGGGCUGCGGGCGGGUGGGAGGCUUUGGAAAGGGGAGGCAGUGGGGCCCCGACAAAGGAAUUGGGAGAGAGUGGGAGAAAAGGAAAAGAGUUGGCCAGAGAGAGGACUAGAGAGGUGGCUCUGAGGAAAGGGCUCAGAGAAAAGAGUGGGAAUGGCACCAGCACAGGUAUUCCCAGGGGGAAGGUGCCCGGAGCUGCCAAGCCAGAGACGCCUGUGCCAGAGGAGGCGGCGGCCCCGAAGGUGUCUCGCCUGCCCCUCUCCCGGGGAGGGGCUCUGCGCUCGACGCUGCCUAACCGCCCAACCUCGGCUGCCCCCCUUACAGAAAGCAAACGUCCCGGCAGCUUCCGGGAGAAACGGGACCCGCCCAGGGGCACCACGGAGGCGGCCGGCAAAACGAUUCCCACCCCGCGGCGGCCGGCAGACCGACCCAGGCAGGAGAAGGACAAGCCGGGCACUGCAGGACCGGGGGCGUUCAUCCGUGGUUCCCUGCUCCGGGUGUCCAGGCGGUUGCCGGGGGGUACGGAGCCGUCCAGCAACCUCCUCCCCCCGUCCCGCUUGAUCCCAAAUCCCACCGCUGACACCAGAAUUCGAGCUCCUGCUCCAGCAGCUCCGGCAAAGGCGGCAAAGCACUGUGAUCCCAGCAGCCCCAGGAGCCCAGGGGCCCGGCUGGGAAAGACCCCCCGCAUGCCGACUCAGCCUCUGUGGAGGUGAGACUUGGAACCUGUCCUGCCGGGGGGGAAAAGAGACUGUGCACUCCUUUAAACUAGGACCCAGGGGAUUUCAAAUGUCUGUGGUAUUUUUCUUGUAAUAUUUAUUUAAAACCAGGGACUCCUUGGUCCUCUGUGGCACUCUGCGGGGUCCGUUUGAGUUCCACCUCCCGUUUGGAUGGCAGCCUGUGAGGGACUGAGGGACCUUUCUCCUGUUGACUUGAUCCCACCAAGGCACCUGAGAAGAGGAGUCUAUCCAGAGGAUAAAGCUGCGUCUGGCUCACUUCCAGCCCAUCUACAUGGCUGGCUGUAUGGCACUAGAACUAGCGCUGUUCCUCUGGGUCAUGCAGCUGGGGAGACACAUCUUCAGCAGUUGCCUUGUGUACUGGGAAUGUGAAAUAUCAGUAUUGGGAGCCUGACAUCAGAGUGGCCCGUGGCAGGGCAUGCAAUUGGAUACAAUAGGCGGUGGCAAUGGGGAAGGGGUCACUACCAGUGCAGCACAUGUCAGCUUUACAAGGACCUAAAUGUACUACCUCCACCCACCAGGGGGCCCUGUGCAGGCAGCAGGGAGCCUCUGGAGGCAAACACUUGUCUCAGGACCCUCGAUCCAUCCUCUGCAACCCUCAAGACCAGCCAAGCGAGAUGUGGCAGCAUCCAUUUUGCACCUUAUGAUAAACUCGGCAUCAACAUGUCCUUCCUCUUGAAGAACCUCAGUGCCUCUCAACGAAUGCUUAAUUGUUGAAGUGAAACUUUUUCUUCAGUGCCUCUUUAUAAAGUGAACUCGGGCUUUGGUGCACUUCGGUAUCCUAUAGUUUCAGUAGAGCGAGAGAUGUAUGAUCCUCCACUAAACAAUAAAUGGUGGUCCUGAAGCACAGUGCAUUCAAUGCCAUGCAGUCACCGCGGUGUUACAAAGCAGCACUGUCUAGUUACUCCUUAUGUAUCUUAAACCAAACCGAGAGGAACGUGCUUUCUUGUCAGACUUCUGUCUAGCACAGAGCCCCGCCUUCUCCUGUAUGUGUGCCCCGCCCCUUCCUGCCUUAAAUCCCGCCCUCACACUGUUGCCGUGCCAACUGGGGGGAAAACGAUGGGACCAAACGAUGGAAAAGGAGGCUGCCAUGAUUGGCGGAGUCAUCGAUUUUGUUCUGAACAGUUAUUUAAUUGGGAACUGGGAGAAAAGAAAAGAGCAGUUAUAUUUGUAUGUAAAAAAAAAAGUGUUGUAAUUUAUCUAACCUUUCUUUGUACACUGUAUAUGCUGAGUAGCCAAGGUGGGUAGGGUUGUGGAACCCGACAUGGUGGGUAAGGAAUUGGAGUGAGUUCCUCACCAGACGGCCCUACAGAGGUGGGGUGGUAGUCUGGCCUAACAGUGUGGCGUGCCACAAGAGCCAGACCCCUGAAUCUCACGUGGGGGGCAUUAGCAGGGCAGCCUAUGCAGGCUGGCAGAGUGGUGGCGCCAGCUCCUUGUUUGGCAACACAGGAGGUUACGCUUAAAAAAAAAAAACAACCAAAAGAGCCCGGUGGAAGAGGGAGUCGAAUCCCUGACCUUUCAGUGCAUUCCACUCCUGGAUUUUGGAACAACGAACUCUUUGGCUGCUUGAUUAAUUGAUUAUUGAUUCAAUUUAAUUAAGGAGGGGGUUGUACCAAAACUCUGUUGGAAAGGAUUGGAAGGUCCUGUCUGUGGGAAUUUCUGUCCUGUCCCUGAGCUUUCAGAGCCCCGGUAAGGGCGCGUUGGUCCCUGGGCAUUAAGACAGUUGCUUCACACUGCCACCUACUGGGCUACAACCACAUUGUCGGCUCUCUAGGAAUCCCUGCCUCUUCUACCUUGACAGUCCUGGGGCUGAAUCCAGCAAUCCUGAAUCCUGUAGUUCAGCUGCCACUUUCUGAAAAUCAGUUCAGCCCACUCAAGGGUGAGUAAAGGAGUAGAAGAGUUUAUACAGAGACUGUGCCCCACCCUCCCACCUCCUGACAACCAUAGCCCACAGCCUACAGGUACGGAAACCCCCCCUCCCUCUCUGGGCUGUUCUCCCAGCACGCGUGUCUGUCUUGCUGCCUUACAGUACAGUGCUACUUUAUUUCUGGUGCACUUUAUAAGAAUUGUAAAAGUUAAGGUCAGUUUUUUUUUUCCUGUUAUAUAAUGCAUCUGUAAUGUACAGUAUGUGAUUUUUACAAAAAAAGAGAAAAGGAUGACUUAAUAAAAGUGAUUUAUGUAAAUGAAA